AUGCCUCAUUCACCGCUCAUCCGUCCGCUCUCGCCUCUCCAGACGCAAAGUGCUCCUUCCUUACCUGCUCCCUACAGACUUGCUGAUGCCGUCGUGAGUGUGCGCGUCGAUGCUGCAGUAGCCGAGAGCAACGCCCCUCAUGCUUCCCCACCCGCUUCCAAGCGCAGCCACAGCAACACCAGCAGCAGCAGUCAGCAACACUACCGGCCAGAACCUACGCCCUUUUCAGUUCACUCACACGCCGCCGCACCAGCCUUCCACGCGUUUGUAGUGAAGAAUUCCGCAGAAGCGGAUGCGCAACACAGCAGUCGAAGUGCAGCUCUUUUUAACCCCGCAGCUGCACCGUUCGCUCGAGCGCGCGCCUCGACAGGUGAGUCCAUUCAGCUGAACGUUGCCCCAAGCCGCGCGGGGGUUUUGGAGGAGCCGCAGCGCGAUGUGCGGAGGAGAGGCAAUCACGCACAACACUCCCAUGGAACUUCUUUGCUCCAGUCACCGCAGCCUCUUCUCCCAAAUUCGCUCCUUUCAGAGAAUCCCACGCGCAGCACCACCACUGCGGCCUCGGCAGCAACUCUUGCGGACGCUGUUCCUGGUGCAUUGAAUCGCAGCCAUCCAUACGGAAAGCUCCAGCGGUCGUCUCUUGCUCAACACGACAGCUACGCGCAGAAGAGCGACAUUGGUGCCUACGGAUCUUUUCAUCAUCCAGAUGCCUGUCCGUCAUCACCACCCCUGCCCACCGAGCUUUCUGCUGCCGUGACCGCCGCCUCCGUCCUGCGCGCAUCCAACGCCAACGUGGCCGUUGCUGCCUCGCAGCCUUCGUACGGUGCGCCGCUGCUGGGCCGAGCUUCUCCCGGCAAAACCUCCCCCAACUUCUGGCGGCGUUGUUCUUCCUCCUCACCACUGAGCCAGCCGCGGCGCAGAGCAGCACGACAGGGUGCGAUACCCACCCCCGACAAAACCAGCACCACGACGCUGUCCGCGGUGGGCCCGACAAGGGACGAAGAUGAAGUGGCCACACGGCGCAAGACAGCGGCGGGCCCGGUGGGUGCGUCUUCCAAUUCGUACCGUGGCACGGCGGUGAGCUCCCGUACCGGCCGGCAGUACAGCAUUUCCAUCAAAGCGUCUCUUCUUGGCCCCGACUCUGCAAGAGCCACAUCGCCGCCAGCCCAUGAGGAAAUGCGUAACCCGGUGCGCAGCUCCGACGACGAGGAGGAGGAAGAGGAAGAUUGGUCAAGUACCGAGACCGUUGCUGCCGAAGAAAGCGAGGAAAACUGUGUCCCCGGCCGCCGUACACCCGCCCCAGCAACGAAAGUGCGCAGCGGCCACAGACGCGAAAAGACACGAAUCAAAACUGACGCCCCCGCCCUCUCUUCGCACAGACCCGAAACUCACUCCUCAUCAUCCCGAUGUGCGUCUCCUCAACCGCCAUUGGGUGAGCCCGUCGCGCCGGCCUCACCAGCGGCAACCUUAUCAUCUUCACCCUACUUCCCUCGCUACGUCUACCCCGCCCUAGAUGAAUGUCAGCGUCUGCUGCGGGAGAUCCAAGUGCAAAACCCCCUCCUGCGGCGGUGUCUGACGCCACCUCGUCCUCUUCGCGACGUGGACUCUGCAGUAGCGGAGGAAGGGCUUCGAAUGCAUCCCACUUCUGAUGUGUCGGCACGGCACACCGACCACUCAGCUUUCCCUGAACCUCCACCGAGUAUGACCACACACGUGGGGCGUCUCGCCCCGGGGCCCGACGCACGCCGGCUCUACAGCUGGGAUGCCCGCACCGCUGCCGAGGAUCUCUCCUUUAUGCAGGGUCCGUUUCAGCAGUCGUCGGAGCGUUUUGCCGCGUCGUCAGCGCGGCAGUUGCAGCGGCUACGCGAGACCGGCACGCGGCUGUACGGGACAGAGGUUGGCACCCAACCGGCAUCGAUCUCGCCCUUUACCAGUCCGCCGCAUGUUUCCGAUGGUGUGCCGCCAAGCUCCAAGAGAGCUGCUCCGUACAAGCAGUUCUUGCACCGUGCGGACAGCGGUGUAGGUGAGGUGGAGUCCCCGUCGGGGCGGCUGCGACGCCUGCUGCGAGAAACCGAGGCCGCCUUUCCCAUCUUGUGGAAGACAACACACCUUCCCUCAACGUCGUCGCCAACGGAGUCGGAGGGGCGAGAGCACGGCGUCUCCGACUCCGGCUCCGGCGCUUUCAUCACACCCUCGCCCUCCGCCAUUCAGCUUUCACGUGGGGAGAGGGACGUCGUGCACCGCGACUACGAGGAAGCGGCCUUCGUGAAGAACGUGAGAAGCGAUCUCGCUCCCCGCCGGCUGAAUGAACCUUCAACGCCGUUCCCCGAGGAGGUGCCGACGACGUCUACGAUGACGGCCUUAACGCCUGCGCGACCACCACCGGCAUCGGCACCGCUGCAUAGUGCACAUGCUCCAGUUGCUCUGCUACAGCGUUCCAUUUAG